AUGUCGAGUAACGAUUUGGAGAUGUCUAACCUGGUCUCUGCCUUUGUGGAUGAAGACCCUCCACGAUCCGAGGAGGCUGAGGUCAUGAGCCAAAACGUUGAUGCAUCGACGCACCACAUGAAUCGUCCUUCUAUAGACGGUUUGAAGACACCAUCGUCAAGGACACUCAGCAACUCAGAACAGCCCAAGAAAAUUGUUAUCAUCAUUGCUAUCAUCCUCUCUGUUUCCAUUGCACCUCUCUCUGCCAUCGCGAUCAUCCCUCGGGCCGGACUGUGGCAAAUCCUCAAGCCUGUAGGGCUGGGCAACGAGACCAUAUAUUACUGUGCCAAACCGCUGCGGGAGUCAAACUUUUGGGAGACAAAUUUUGACACGGAAGCUGAUUCUCAACAUUCAUCUGUGUACAACGGCUCCAAGGAAAUUCUGGAGAAGUUGCGGCCUGUAAUUAGCAAACCUCCUACGACUAACAAUUUGACCAAUACCCGACAAAUCACCAAUAUCUCUUACUCUGGUGAAAACGAUGAAUUUGUCUCUUUGACAAUGGACUUUCUUCAGCUAAACCGCAUUAAUAUGAGCUCUGUCACCAUCGCAACAUGUCCAAUGGAUGGAGUGGUCAGAACAAUCGACGUUCCUUGGGGCGGCAAGAUUAUAGAUAAAGAUUUCCUGACAAUGUCCCGGCAGAAGUCCCUUGACCGCACAUCAGGCAGGUGGAAUCCGGGAAAUGAGUCAACCAGAGCAGCCUGGUGGAAGAAGUUCCAUGCAGCACCAACCAGUCGAUGGAAACAACCUAUUGUUCUUGCUGAGUGUGCAGAUAAUCACACAGUCGGAGAUGCUUUGACAUUUCAAUUCAGCACCGGCAUAUCCGACAAUGAAGUCAUCUUGAGCGGGAGAUACGACAAUGACUUCAAGAGAUUCCUUCGAGACGCUCGGCACGAGAAAGGCGUACAACCUGAUGUUAGACACCUAAUUUUAGAUUCAUCAUCUAGCUCUGGGUCUCCCCCUAGUGCAUCUAUACUGUUUCUUACUUCAUUACCACCAUAUAUCAACGGAACACUUAUAGAUGGACAAGCUGAAGACACUAUAGGGCUCGGUCUCUGUCGAAUUUAUUCUCGAUGGGUCGAGGCUGAUAUAUGGCUUGAACAAAGCAAACCCAGCGCGCAGACUCAUCUGGACUCCCCCUUGUCUGACAUGGAAGCACACUCUGGCGAUACGCAGCCUUCUGGAAGUCCCAUCGAGUUCAGUAAGGAGUGGCUCAGCACUAUGAGCCCUGAGGUCGGCGAGCCAGCUGCAUCGAAUAAUUCUUACCAAGCUAUCUUGGACGUUUGCACGGGAAUACCGAUGAGCUCUUACGAGAUAUACAACGAAGCUGGUGGCGAUACCGAAAUUCCCCCUACCUCAGAAGACAUUAUUGUUCACCUUGAAUACUUUAUCAACGGAUAUGGCUACAGCUGGUAUAGCAGUCGCACAAUCCUAUUGGCGUUCUCAGUCCUACUGCUUCAUGUUCUUAUCGUCCUUGUCCAUGUGGUAUCAGUCCUAUGGUCUCGUCAUCCGUGGUACAGCUCAAGUUGGAGUAGCUUUGGACAGAUGAUGGUAUUAGCAUUGCGCUCAAAAGCACCAGAGGGUUUGGGAAGCGUCGGUACAGGCGUCUCUAGCUCUGAAACGUGGAAUAAAUCUGUCUCGGUCAGGGUGGUUGACGCUGAGGAUCGCUUGGAGAUGAUACUCCAGGAUGAAAAGGGGGUUGUUUCGCAGAAUCAGCAAGUCAACAGUGGAGCUGAAGAAGCAGGUCGCGAUACAGGUCUGUCUUUUGCACGAUCUGGUGUCAAGUAUCAUUGA